AUGUCGGCACGAGCGACCGAGCCUCAUAGUGAAACUAGUGAAACCGAAGUUCCCGAACGACGGCGCCCGGAGACGCAGGAGAGCGGCAGGCAACCGGCAAAGCCCAAGACGGAGACGGAAGAGAAGAUCGAGAAGGAAACGCCGUCAUUGAGUGCGGACUCGGCCGCUCCAGAAGUUGACGGCGCGCAACAAAAUUCCGGCAACCAUGUAGCGCGAAGACCGAAACGCCACAACGUGGCCAAGCGGGGGAAGGAUCAUGCAUCGGGACAGACGUAUCAGCCACAGGACGGGCAGCAGGUUGCGCCGCCGCAGAAUCAACAGGUGCAGAGUAAGGGCAAAGGCGCCCCAUCGGUGCGGCUUGAUAUGGACCUGGACGUCGAGAUCGAUUUGAAAGCAAAGAUCAAGGGCGAUAUCGAGUUGUCUAUAUUGGGUGGCAAGCAAGGCAGAAGAUAA